CCUUCACCUCCGAAUUCGAUUCUCUCUCUGCCUCUACGGAGUUGUUUUGCGGUGGACGGACGACGUUUUGCGGUGGACGGACGACGAUGAGGGUCCACAGUUCUAUUUCUUGCAUUCUACCAUUGACUUUCGUUUUAUUUACGUUUUUAUCCUCUUCCAACGCUUUGGUUUCGUCUCCUCCUAAGGCCAUCUCUGAUUUGAAAGAAGCGGUUGUGAAGGGAUUGGGAUUCCAAGCCGAUGAUUUUAAGAUUUAUGGGUUCGAUCUGAGGGAUGCCCUUGUGGGCCAUUCGUUGGCAUAUGAUUUCGAAAUUGAAAUCGAUAAUAAAGUGCUUCCUUUUAAGCUUUUGGAGGAUGUAACUCGUUGGGAAUACGUUGAUUUGCCCAUUUUUAGGGUGGAAGAACCGGGUAGACCCGGAGUUGAAAAUGGGUUGGUAGAGCAGAAGAGGAUUUCGGACGAUGGAUUACCGAUUUUGGCACCGUUUCAGCUGGCUGGACCCAUGGAACUCUGGCUUCAGGAUGCCAAAGAUAUGCGAAUCUCGUUGCCGCACGAUGUAGAUGCUGGUGUCUUGAAGAAGGUAAUUUUAGCUGAUGGUGCCGUGGUGACCGUCAAGGGUGCAAGAUCAGUUAGCCUGCGCCAUUCUGUCGAUCUUCCGCUACCUCUUAACACAACCAAUAAUGGAUUUGCAUCCGGGCUUAUGGCCCUUGCGGAGCAUCUUCUUCAUGAUUCUCGCAAUCAAGACGCUCCGAUCCUUUCUCUUCGCAUCGUUGGCCCAACUUCCCUUACUGUCCCGUCGUCUACGUCUUCAAAUAACAAGUUGAAACUUAAGCGACUUGCACCUGGCCUUGUGGAACUAUCUUCAAUGUCCAAAACUAAGACCAUGGAUGCACUCUCCACUAUUGAUAUACAAGAAGUCCCAACAGUUCUAACCCCGAAGCACUUCACGACAAUGUGGCCACUUGCUUCCGUCAAUGGUUCCAAUGCCAAUUUGGUCGGUUUCGAGAGACUGCUAUCAUCCGUGUUGGGUCCAAAGGCAAACAAGAAAGGUUACUUUAAGUUACUGAAGGCUGAUGUGUCGGCUCAAACCUUUGUGAAACUCAGUUUUGGCAUCGAGAAGAAGCUGAAAGAAGGAGAUGGGUUUAGUUUGGAGGGCUUUCCUGAGUGGAGAACAAAGCCUGAGACUGUGAAUAUGCACUUUGAGGUACUCGCUAAGGUUGACGGUGAGAAAGUUAUACCGGAAAGAAUUGUCCAGGUUGACCCUGUUGCUAUCGAGGAUACAAUCGCACCGAAUGUGCUGGCUGGAAACAUGACUAUGUCAACCACUCCUGUUGUUCACCCUCCUCCGAAUCCCUUCACCUUGUAAAUUGCUAAAGACAGAAGAAUCGACUAACCUUUUCUGUUUUUUUUCCUCAGAUAAGCUGAUAGUUUGAGAGAU